AUCCCUCCCCCUCAAAACUAUGAUUGGAACACUCCUUGAUCCAUUCUUUUUUCCUUCUCUUGACCCUUUUGCCUUUUCCAUACCUGCGCCCUUCCUAGCAGUGGAGAACAGUGAGGUAAUUCCAACAAAGGUCGGUUCUGCAGAUUGGCGUCCGAGCCUGCUCCAGCAGGUCUUCAGCUGGCCUCACUGCAAUCUCUCGUGAUCUGGCUGAUUGGCCGGCACCAAAUAGCUCCAGGUAGCCUUUGAUGUGUUGGGUGGACGGGUGCUGGAUAGUUGGAUGGUGUGCCUCAGCCUCCCAGGAGGCUAGACUGUGCAUUGCAGGCCCGAGUUCCAAGAGGGCUGGCUCCAGAGUCAAAGCUCUUACGAAAUGCUUGCUUGCCUGCCCUCCCAUCUCCUGUUGGCUGGAGAAGUCACACAAUGAGGUCCAGAGUUAGAAGUGUGGGGCCUCUACGUAGGCAUGGUCAGGAAGGAUGAUGGCAGCGGAAGGUCAUGAACCAUCUGGCACAGUGGGGUUAGGGAGUUGGGAGGGGACUUUGUCUUGCUAGUUGUAAAUAACAAGGGCCAUGUUCAUAGUUGAUUCUCUUGCAUUGGACCCAAUGUGGUGAACAUUUAUUUUGUGCUGGAUGCUGGCAGUCUCUGGCUACUCUGAAGCUAGUUCAUAAAAUACUUAUGAUCUCAGAUUUUAAGCAGAAGACAUCCUGUGAAGACUUUUAUUCCUGGCUUUAGAUGAAAAGGACAGGAACUGCUUCUACAGAUCUGUGUUGGGCCAGAGUUUGCUUUUAGGAAAUGCUGAUAGGUCCUUGAAAAAAAAAAAAAAAUAGGUUGCUAUGAUGACUUGGCUUUGGGCCUACAAACUCUGGUGACGGCGUGGUCACCAAGGAAACCAAAAGAUGCAGCUUCUCAAAGGCUUUUGUUGCUGCUGUCUGGAAUCCGAUUGGUUUAGAAGAGUGGUGUUGAGCAUGGGAGCAGACCAGCUGGGGCUUGCCAUCCUGCCGGAACUUCUAGGAUCUGGCACUAGUUGCUUUGGAAAUCUCCUACUUGGCCCUUGGUGUAAGAAGAAGGAGAUUUGGGGGUACUCUCCAGAUUCUGGUGAGAUUUGGCCCUGAUGAGUACUCUGCCGAAAGAACAGGAAGUGAGGUCGUAUCUCCAGCCUGCAGCGUUAGAAUGAGCCGUCGAUGUCUAAAUAUGGGCAGCUGUGCAGCUCAUCACAGUGCUUGUGUGGAGUCUUCAUAUAAUUGGGGACUUCCCUGUUGGCUACUUUGCUUCUUAAAGAUGCACAGUGGUGUGGAAGUCUAGAGGCACAUCUAUCUGCCUGUUGAAGCUGGAGCUUGGGAUUCGGUUGAGGCGCUGAGGGGCCAGCUCCUGACUUUGAUCAGGCUCAGACAGAGAAGGAGGUUUGAGCAUCUGGACCAGCAGCAGACUGCUUUGGAGGGCGAGCUGGGAUCUGUUGUGUGAUUUACAGAUGGAUCCAGUGGAAAAGACAACAAACAGAAGUGAACAAAAGUCAAGUAGAAAGUUUCUGAAAAGCCUCAUCCGGAAGCAGCCCCAGGAGCUGCUGCUGGUCAUUGGGACGGGUGUCAGUGCUGCGGUGGCGCCGGGAAUCCCAGCCCUCUGCUCGUGGAGGAGCUGCAUCGAGGCGGUCAUCGAGGCUGCUGAGCAGCUGGAGGUGCUUCACCCGGGGGACGUCGCAGAGUUCCGCAGGAAAGUGACGAAGGACCGGGACCUGCUGGUGGUCGCCCAUGAUCUGAUCCGGAAGAUGUCACCUCGUACAGGCGACACCAAGCCCAACUUCUUCCAGGACUGCCUGAUGGAGAUUUUUGACAACCUGGAGCAGCACAUCCAGAACCCGCUGGUGCUGCAGUCCAUCCUCAGCCUGAUGGAGAGGGGCACCAUGGUGCUGACCACCAACUAUGACAACCUGCUGGAGAUCUUCGGGCAGCAGCAGAGCAAGCCCAUGGAGUCUCUGGACCUGAAGGACAAGACGAAGGUCCUUCAGUGGGCAAGAGGGCACAUCAAGUAUGGAGUUCUUCAUAUUCAUGGCUUGUACACGGAUCCCUGUGGGAUGGUCCUGGAUCCAUCGGGAUAUAAAGAUGUUACACAAGACCCAGAAGUCAUGGAAGUCCUCCAGAACCUGUACCGCACCAAGUCCUUCCUGUUUGUGGGCUGCGGGGAGACCCUCCGGGACCAGAUCUUCCAGGCUCUCUUCCUGUACUCGGUGCCGAACAAGGUGGAGCUGGAGCACUACAUGCUUGUGCUCAAGGAGAAUGAAGACCAUUUCUUUAAGCAUCAAGCGGACAUGCUUUUGCAUGGGAUUAAAGUCGUGUCCUACGGGGACUGUUUUGACUACUUUCCUGGCUACGUGCAGGACCUUGCCACUCAGAUCUGCAGGCAGCGCAGUCCAGAUGCUGACCGAGUGGACAGCACCACACUGUUGGGGAAUGCUUGUCAGGACUGCGCUAAGAGGAAGCUGGAAGAGAAUGGAAUGGAAGUCUCAAAACGGCCCAGGCAGUCCGACGCCGAUGAUGCUGGAGGGUCUUGAAAUGUUUAGGACCAAUAAAACCUGCAAUGUGAAAACCAGCCUUCUGUAACCACAGUGCCAUAACCUGAACGCUGAGGAAUGUUCAAGAAUUCCACGUGGGAUCUCUCACUUUGAAACCAUCCCACACCCUGGAAGAGCCAUGUGGCUGUGUGGCCUCGGAGGCUGGGUGCAAGUUCCACUGUGUGGUUUGACUGUUCGGAAGGGGAAGCACGAACGUCAGGGUUCCCGUGAGGCCUGGCGGACACCUACCUCAGGGACCACUAGCAGCGGGGAGGGAGAUCCUGGGCCUCCUGGCUCCUGCUCGACACACUCCCUUUGUCAAUGAAAAGGGGAGGGUGAGGACUGUCUAAGCAACAGUAGUUGCCAAAGAGGAAAAAAAAAAAAAACUAGACACUUAAAAUUUUCUAAUUUUUAUGUGGAAACCUCUGUUACUGUAGAAAAAAAACUUAAAAGUUUUUGUUGCAUUGUUAAAUAGUAAAGUGUGUGCAGGUGCUCCUUUGAGGCAUGGCAUCUGCUGCUGAGAAUGGUAUGUUUUGAAAAAGAAAGAGCAGCUCAUGGGCUUCUUUGGAAUUACCUAAUUUUAGUGACUUCGGCUCCAGAGCUGCCCCAGAGCACAGCAGGCCUGACGGCGGUGGAGGGGCCCCAGAGGGCAGCUCAGUGCUGGGCGAGUCCGCACGCUGGCUCACAGCUGCCAAGCUACAUGUGGAGCACAAGACCAAGUUUGCAAAUUUUAGUUACAAAUUUCAAGCUUUCCGAGUUUUUAUUCCAUGGGGUAAGGGCCAACCUUUCUGUUCUUGUCUCUUAAAAGUCUCUUCCUGUGGCCCACUUGGGGUUUGCAUGCAGCGAGGCCAGCAGAGCUUGUAGAGGGCCUGUGGCAGUGUGAGCCGUCAGGGUCAGCCGGGGCCGAAAGCGCUGGACUGGGGGCAGUGCUUUCGGACCCGGCUUGCUCUCCUUGCAGGGGCUGUUAUUUUUGACGUGAUGUUUCUUGCCAAAUCUCAUGACACUCCCCAUUGAUGGCGCUGGAGCUCUCCCAGGUAUAAAGUUAAGAAUAGGAAACACAAAGUUGGUCGGGAUGUGUUGUGUUCGAGAGAGAAGCCAGAGACCCACUUAAGACUUUCUUUUUGAAGCAUGAAAAAUCUUUUAUGUUACUCUGGUCCUCAAUAAAAUGUUAACUUCAA